CGGGAUUUCCGGCGGGCGCGCGCGCGCGCGGCGGGGCGGGAGCGGCCGCGCGGAGCCGGGGCUGCGGGGCGGCCACGCCACUUCCGCCUCCGCCGCCGCGUGAGGGGCCGGGAGCCGCGCCGGGAGCAGCGCCGGGAGCGGCCCAGCCGGGAGCGCGGCAGAGGAACCGCCGCCUAGCGCAGCCCCGCGCCGGCCGCCGCAGCCCCGAGCGGCUGCGCCCCAGCUCCAUGAAUGGAAAUCGGCAGCGCAGGACCCGUGGGGGCACAGCCCCUGCUCAUGGUGCCCAGACGUCCCGGCUAUGGCACCAUGGGCAAGCCCAUUAAACUGCUGGCCAACUGCUUCCAAGUUGAAAUCCCAAAGAUUGAUGUCUACCUCUAUGAGGUGGAUAUCAAACCAGAUAAGUGUCCUCGGAGGGUGAACAGGGACGUGGUGGACUCUAUGGUGCAGCAUUUUAAAGUGACAAUAUUUGGGGACCGUAGACCAGUUUAUGAUGGGAAAAGAAGCCUCUAUACAGCCAAUCCACUUCCUGUGGCCACUACUGGGGUGGAUUUGGAUGUGACACUACCCGGAGAAGGUGGAAAAGAUCGUCCCUUCAAAGUGUCAAUAAAGUUUGUUUCUCGGGUGAGCUGGCACUUGCUGCAUGAAGUUUUGACAGGAAGAACCUUGCCUGAGCCUCUGGAACUAGACAAACCUAUCAGCACUAACCCUGUUCAUGCUGUCGAUGUGGUGCUACGACACCUCCCCUCCAUGAAGUACACCCCUGUGGGCCGUUCCUUCUUCUCAGCUCCAGAAGGCUAUGACCACCCCCUGGGAGGGGGCAGGGAGGUCUGGUUUGGGUUCCAUCAGUCUGUCCGACCUGCCAUGUGGAAAAUGAUGCUCAACAUUGAUGUUUCUGCCACUGCCUUCUACAAAGCACAACCCGUAAUUCAGUUCAUGUGUGAAGUCCUUGACAUUCAUAAUAUUGAUGAACAACCAAGACCUCUGACUGAUUCUCAUCGGGUAAAAUUCACCAAAGAGAUAAAGGGUCUAAAGGUAGAAGUGACUCACUGUGGGACAAUGAGGAGGAAGUACCGUGUCUGUAACGUAACGAGACGGCCUGCAAGUCAUCAAACCUUUCCUUUACAGCUAGAAAAUGGCCAGACUGUGGAGAGGACAGUAGCACAGUAUUUCAGAGAGAAAUACAACCUCCAGCUGAAAUACCCUCACCUUCCUUGUCUGCAAGUGGGACAGGAACAAAAACACACCUACCUGCCUUUAGAAGUGUGUAACAUCGUGGCUGGCCAGAGGUGCAUCAAGAAGCUGACAGACAAUCAGACAUCAACCAUGAUAAAAGCUACAGCCAGGUCUGCCCCAGACAGGCAGGAGGAGAUCAGCAGACUGGUGAGAAGUGCAAAUUAUGAUGCAGAUCCAUUUGUCCAAGAGUUCCAGUUCAAAGUGCGGGACGAGAUGGCGCAUGUGACAGGACGUGUGCUCCCAGCCCCCAUGCUGCAGUACGGAGGACGGAAUCGAACCGUGGCAACACCAAGCCAUGGCGUGUGGGACAUGAGAGGGAAACAGUUCCACACUGGGGUGGAGAUCAAGAUGUGGGCCAUAGCUUGCUUUGCAACACAGAGACAGUGCAGAGAAGAAAUUCUGAAGGGUUUCACAGACCAGCUGCGCAAGAUCUCCAAGGACGCCGGGAUGCCCAUCCAGGGCCAGCCCUGCUUCUGCAAGUACGCCCAGGGUGCAGACAGCGUGGAGCCCAUGUUCCGACACCUCAAGAACACCUAUUCAGGGCUGCAGCUCAUCAUUGUCAUCCUGCCAGGGAAGACACCUGUGUAUGCGGAGGUGAAGCGCGUGGGAGACACGCUGUUGGGAAUGGCCACACAGUGUGUUCAGGUCAAGAACGUCAUUAAAACAUCUCCACAGACCCUCUCAAAUCUGUGCCUGAAGAUUAAUGUUAAACUAGGAGGAAUCAACAACAUCCUUGUACCUCAUCAACGACCUUCUGUGUUCCAGCAGCCAGUGAUCUUUUUGGGAGCUGAUGUCACUCACCCUCCUGCUGGAGAUGGAAAGAAGCCUUCCAUUGCUGCUGUUGUAGGCAGCAUGGAUGCUCAUCCCAGCCGGUACUGUGCCACGGUGAGGGUCCAGAGGCCCCGGCAGGAGAUCAUCCAGGACCUGGCCUCCAUGGUCAGGGAGCUGCUCAUCCAGUUCUACAAAUCAACACGGUUCAAGCCCACCCGGAUCAUCUUCUACAGGGACGGGGUCUCUGAGGGACAGUUCAGACAGGUUUUGUAUUAUGAGCUGCUGGCCAUUAGAGAAGCCUGCAUCAGUUUGGAGAAGGAUUACCAGCCUGGAAUAACCUACAUUGUGGUGCAGAAGCGACAUCAUACACGGCUGUUCUGUGCUGAUAGAACAGAAAGGGUUGGACGAAGUGGCAAUAUUCCAGCUGGGACAACUGUAGAUACAGACAUUACACACCCCUACGAGUUUGAUUUUUACCUCUGUAGCCAUGCUGGAAUACAGGGAACCAGCCGUCCCUCCCACUACCACGUCCUGUGGGAUGACAACUGCUUCACAGCAGACGAGCUGCAGCUGCUGACGUACCAGCUGUGCCACACGUACGUGCGCUGCACCCGCUCCGUCUCCAUCCCCGCGCCCGCCUACUACGCUCACCUGGUGGCAUUCAGAGCACGCUACCACCUCGUGGACAAGGAACACGACAGUGCUGAAGGGAGCCACGUGUCAGGACAGAGCAACGGGCGAGACCCGCAGGCCCUGGCGAAGGCUGUACAGAUUCACCAAGACACCUUACGCACGAUGUACUUCGCUUAAGUCAAUGACCCGGGAGACACUCACGGAGAGGAGAACUGAGAACUUAAGCCACAUACAAUGUAUGUUUCCAGGGGGUUGGUUUAGGGGCUGUGCCUCCCAUCGUGCUGGAGCUGACGCUGUGCAGGGGCGAGAGGCUCACCCUUAAAUUGACACGAGGAAGAUUGUUUACUUCAUCCAGGAACACAGCACUAUUAUGCAAUAUGAAACCAGCCAACUGCUUUUUUGGGGCGGGCUCCUGUGGGAAGCCACCGCCAUCAUUUUUUUUUUAAUUAUUAUUUCUCGUAGUUUAACCCUCUUCUGCCUUUACCUCAAGUUGCUCGGCAGCACAACUAUUGUUGCAAAAAAAAAAAAAAAAGAUAGUAAUAAUAAACUAAAAUCUAUUGUGUAAUUUAAAACAAAAAACAAACCACCUUUUAGAAACAAUCACAGUGAUUGUUUGGAGAAGGGAAGUGUGCAAAAAAGAAAAUAAGUUUUUAACCCCCGUGCUUUGAGGAAUCUCUCUCUCAGUAUUGCCAUCGAGCGGUCGAAUGUGAACAUAUCCAAGUGCAUUGGAAUGUGCAGCACUAGCUAGGUAACAGUGAGGGGGGAAGAUCCUUUGCACACUAAUCCAAUAAUUUGAACCUGAUUUAGCCAAUGGCUGCCUUUGUGUCUUUUCUCACAGCUUUGGAGCUCUCAGCUCCAAGAGUUCCCUUUCUAAAGCAAUCCAAGAAGCUCGUGGUUCGUGUGCAGGCAGUAGUGACCCAACUCUUCUUGCUCCCUGGGGGAAUUUACUAAAGCUGCUGUUUUUCCUAGUCCAAAAGUUUCAAUUUUUUCCUAUCUAGCAAGUCAAAUCUGUUGAAGCUUCAUGUGAGAUCCAAUGUCCCAGGUUUUCUGGGAUGACAUACAGUAACCACCAGAACUGAAACUUUAGAGCUAAGGUCUUUUUGGAAAAAAAAGAAACCUGCUACUUUACUUGCUGCCUCUCACACCUUAAUGUGAUUCAUAUGUAUGUGUGUUUGAAGUUUAGCUUCCUUUUGUUUCUUUUAUAUUUAUUAGAGUAAUAAUAAUGCUUUAAUUUAAUUAUUACAGAACAUAUGGUCAACAUCAACUUUUAUUUUUUAGAAAUGUAAUCAUGUUUAUUUUUAAAAAAAGAAACUGACAACUUGUUUUGCUAUCUUUUAGUGCAAUAAGCAUUCUAAAGAAAAACUGUGUCCAUUGAGCUGUACUGAAGCAGUGUCUGUACCACGGACCGUGGGAGAAUGGACACCUCCAGGAUUUUAAAAGGACAAAGUAAAAGCCUUAAUUUUGAAAGGAAAGUUUUAUAGUCAGAAGGAAUCUUGAAUUUUCCUUUUUUAAAUCAAAAAAAAAAUACAAAAAAUGCUUCUAGACUUCUGCAAGCUUUACUUGUCGCUGCAGUCUUUUGAUUUAACAAAGGAAUUGGCCUUAUUUUUGGCUUUGAAAUGUGGAGCAUAUUUGAAUUAAAUGGAAAGGGUUUUGUAUUAAGAUCUCAGUUUUUACAUGCUUAGUUAAACCUAUUUGACAUCAGUAAAAUGUCUGGAAUUAAUAAAAGUUUUUAGGCUUUUUUCCUCUUUGAUAGUGACUUUCCUUUUAAAAUUAAGUUAUUGGUAACUUCAUUUCACUUUGCAAAUAAAGAGGGCUGGGAUAGUUCUAACAUGUUAAAUCACCGAAAUGUGAAACAAACCAAUGGGACUCUUUCAUUCCACUUUAAAACCAAUGUUUAAGAUGUCAGAGACGAGCAUUUAUUCAACGAGGGGACUGGGGAGUUUUGCACUUUGUAAACUCGUGAACUGCAUUUUUGACUGUUUUUAUUUGCACUGGUUCAUAGUAUAUUUACUGCAGCUGUUUGUAUGGGCAUUGCUGUGAUCCCAGCCCUCCCGACCUCCACCUGCUCUCACAUGAAAACCUGGUUGGUCUAAGUAGCUUCUCUCCUCGUUCUCACCAAAUCUGCUGUUUGCCAAUAUACUGUAUUUUGAGCCUAAAAUCUGAGCCCAUUUUGCUUCACCAGGCAUGAACCCCCCUUUUUUCUGCCAGAAAAACCAAGUACUGUAUUUUGUGCGUUUGUAUAUUGUAUGGAAAUGUCCGUAGUGCUGUUCACAACACUGUCUGCAAGAGCUUUACUAACAGCUGGUGUAGAUACCUAUUUUAUCUCUCAAAAACAAGGAAAAUAAUGGCAAAGACUGACUUGGCAAAGCUAAAAUUGCACUGGAAACAGUGGUGGGGGUGGGCACUGGCUGGGGGUGCUCAGUGGGGAUGGCUGGGGGGGCUCAGCAGGCCCCGAGGGGUUGGGGACCCCCAGAGCCAGGGGGUCCCAGCUUGGAGUGCCCUGUCCUUGUGCCUUUGGACACACCUGGUGCAGGGAGGGGGCUGUGACAGAGUCCUUUGAGCGAGGUGGUUUCUCAGUGAGUCUCUCAGAUGUUUUUCCCAGUCUGUGACCUGACACUUUUCUCCUAAAGCUCUCUCAGUAGCAAUGCUGUUUGUAAAAGGUUCAGCUUAAGCUUUAUACAGAAAUUUCUUUUGAAACAGAGAACUUUUUUUUUUUUUAAAAAAAAACAACCUAUUUUACAAAGAGUUCUUGUGGACUUCUGGCAUUUAGCUGAAAAUUCCUUUUUACAAAGCCUUCUAGCUCUCCUUUCAAAGCUGCUUCUCACCCUGCCCACGCUCGGUGACUCGGAUUUGAGAAGCUUUUUUGCUCACUACUUUCACCAAAAACUAAAGAAACUUCAUUGGCAAAGUGACUUCUGUUGUCAAGGUAACAUUGUACCUGGUUUUCAUGUGAAGAGUAUUUGGAAGUUUUAAUCUCUCUUCUUGGUUUUGCAAAUAUCUACGUCAAGUGCCGAUACUUCUUUGUAUUACGAUAUCAAGUUACUGACGUUGUGAGGGCCACACAUUUAUGAUGCUGUAGCUGCUAUAUUUAUUUAAAUGGAGAUGGACAAUUACUGCACUAAGGAAUGAGGAGAAAAGCAAGGAAUCAAGGUUAGUUAGAUAUCUUGGUUUUUUUUUCAAAAGAGAAUUAAUGGUGUGAAAUAUCAAGUGUAACAAAGGGUGCUGUCAUUUUAACUGAGAUUAAAUAGCCAGAUAUUCUUCUUUUGUUUAAAAACAUAUAUAUUUUGAUGUUUGCAGUUUGGGGGUGGGGGGUCGGGAUAAAUGGUACCUCAUCUGUGGUGGCAGUUUCCAGUAUAUUUUCAGAGUAUAUGGAUUUCUUUUAUUUUUGUACCUGCUCUCCUUGAAAAAGAAAAAAAAAAAUCUCAAAUUUUAUGUGCUGUUUGAGGAAAUCUUGAGUGGCACAGCAGAUCCCCCUCUCCAGCCCAGAGCUGGCUGUGGAUAGUCCAAAGAGGGAUGUGGGCACAGGCUGAUGGCUCUUCUUGCUUUGCAGACACCGGCCUUGGGUUGCUGCCUGUGGAGAAAAGCAGUUCCCAUCUCCUCAGACACUGCCCCGAGACCUCACUUGUACUGAACAAGUGCCACUAAGUGCUCCCGUGGUGGGGGCAGGCCCAGGGUAUCACCGAGCCCCUCCUCACCCAGCCAGCCCUGCCCAAGCCUCCCACCUGGCCACUGCUAGACCCAGAGCUGGAGAGAAUCACAGAAUGUUUGUGCUUGAGGCGUUAAACUCGUGACAUUUGCCAACAGGAGGAGUGGCUCCGCUGUAAGUCGCCUUUUUCCCUUCCUAGGGACUUGAGCCGUGGCCAUUUGACUCAGGAUCGCUGUGUCACUGUUCCAUGUGUCAUCUGGUUACACGUGUCCAAAAGUUAUUUUUAUAGUAUCCAUUCCGGUGUUCUUUUGGGAGUUUGGCCACAGAAAUGGUUUUCAGGAGUAAAAUGGGUUUCUGGAAGUUGUCAGUCAAAUUAUUUCAAGAUGCUCUUGGUCCUAAAUGAUUUUCACUUCUUCAUGUACAAAUACUUGUCCUAUAAAAUGCUCAACAUGAGAUACCAUGUAGUCUGCUGUAAAAAUUCCAGCUACAAAUACUGGUUUUCUACUAGUCUUAAAGUUCACUCUGGUGAAAUUCCAAGCUCAAGCUUAGGGCCUUUUUUUUUCUUCCCUUUUCUUACACUUUCUUCAUAUCUUGUCCACUUUUGGUAUUUUCCCUGUUUUGUGAACUGAGGGUAUAGAACUUUACUCAAAGCACUUUUAUAACCAAGGAAUCAAAAGUUCAGAUUAUGUGUGUUGGACCUGUAAAUUCAGUUUUCAGAGGUGGUUGUUUCGGAAUGGCCAUCGUGGUCUCUGGUCAGGCGGGCAGAUGCUCUGUCCCUUUCAGUGCUGUGGAGUUUCAUGGCUGCUACUGGCAGGUUGUUUGGAUCUAGUGAAAAAUUCCAUAGGGGUGUCAAAGGGAAAGAUUUCUGUCUGUCUUUUCUAUCCAAAGAUGGUACUUUAGGUUGAUGCUGCGUGUUUGGAAUAUCAUUUUUGGUUUGGCACAUGUUGAAAUCAGACUUCACUUGGCCAAUUCACUCCUUGUUUUUGUAAAAUAUUGUGGUUAGAGCUUGAGCUCGUUGAUGCUUUCUGCUGGUAGAAAAUGUUGUACUUCCUAUAGUUGAGGUAUGAGCAAGAUGGAUUCAGGAUCCUACAUCUUACCUCCCGAGCAGAAUCUCAAAAAUCCUGAUCUCCGUGACACUAAAACUCAAAUUGUUGUCCCCUGAGUAGACAAAGGUGCAUAUGGUGGGGAAGGAGUUGUAAGGGAGAGGCUUGUGAGGGAAACUAUCAAAGCAUUGGUUUGGCAGGAAUGAGGGUGUUGGGGAGACUCCAUCCACUUUCCAUCCCACGUGCCCUGGCCUUUCCCAUCCUGUCUGAGGUACCCCCUCACCUGACACGGGUUGUUACCGUAGGGUCCUUUUCAAACAAAGCAGUUCCACUGUUUAAAACUUGGAGUGACUUUUAUUUUUUUUUAAGCAAGACAGUCCUCAGAAAGUGCCUUUUUAGAAGAUGGUGCUGUAGAUUUUUAUUUUCCAGUUGUACGUGGCUGCAAAUUUAAGAUAAAUUAUUGAAAAUGCCAAGUGUUUGAUGGUAUCUUUUAGGUACUUUCAAGCAUCAGCUUCUCUGAGUCAGGACCAAGAAUAACCAGGAAGGUGUUUUCCUUUGGAGGGAGAGGCAUUGAGGAGCGAUCACCAAAUUCAGCUGGUAGGCUGGGGUUAGGUUGGGUUUGGUCAAUGUGAUUUACCUCUUCAUUUUGAGGGGACUGGGGCUUGGGGUGUGGGAGAAGCCAUGGGGACCUGAUUGGUGCUGAAAGGAAUCCUGAAGGAUGUCUUCUCUUAGGGGAUUCCCAAAGAUGGAGACAAACUGAAGGGUGUCUUAGGAGGAUGGCCUGGGAGAUGGUUGGUCCUCACAUGGCUCACGUGUGUCUGGGAUGGAUCAGUGUCUUCUGACUGCCAGCUGGGAGCUGGAUGCUCUGCGUGGGAGCAGCUUGGUGGCUGGGUGAUGCCAUGAGGGGAUGGGUCCAUGGUGAGUUUGGUGAGCGUUCCUGCAGUCAGGAAAAGCUGUAGACUAGACUAUUAAACACUGCACCUCAGUAACCUUGUAAUGCUGCAUAAAGUAAUAAUAAUAGCAAAGUUGUGCUUUGACACUGUAAUGUGCUUGCACAUGCCUGCAAAAAACACUUCCCUUUCCUUUGGUAUUGAUCUGAGUAGCAGUUAUGGGACUUUUCUUUUAUGAUGAGCCUUGUCCUUUGUUGUGGUGUUUCUGUAUAUUUAUUGGUGGUCUGUGUGCAGCUCAUAGGUCUGUGUGUCUGCUCUGUGUGUUGCUUUUAACACUUAUUUUUAGGCAGGAGAAGUUUCUGAAUGUUUUGGUUUUCUUCUCCAAAGAAAGUUGGCUUAACCAGUCGUGUUUGAGAGGAGACAAUUAACCCGCUCGCCAUAGACAAGUGCUUCAUUGGUACCUUGUUUCUCUACAACUAAAAUGAUUUUGUGCAUUUUAUUACUGUUUAUAGUGUUGGGCAUUCAAGAUGUGGAAUAACUUGAUGUCAGGAUAUUUUUGAAUAUCAGGAGCUUAACCACAGAACUCACUGAGUAAUUCCAAGUGGUCUCUUUGCAGGAAUAUGUUUGUGUCCAGACUUUUUCUAGGAGUCAGCAGAGCUUCUGGACAUCAUCAAUGUGGGGUUCAAAGUCCCAGCAUUGGGCAGUGCCCUUGCUGAGCUGCCCACACCUCGUUGUUGAGGGGAUGCUGCAGCUCCCCAGGCACAAGUUGACUCUCUUUGCUCUGUAAUUUCUUCUGAUUCAAGUUGGAGACAUGAUCCAGUGUCUCUUGUAGCUUGUACCAACUCUCUUGUCUUACUGCAGUGCCCAGCGCCACUGUGUUGGUAUUAAGCUUGCCACGAUGUUCAAUUAUUUUAUAUUUCCAAUUUCUCAAUACUACUAGGCUGGGGUUUAGAAAGCAUUUUUCAGUCUAAAUUCUGAGCCAAAACUGUGUCUCCUGACCCUUUUAGUAGUAGCUGUUUCUAUCUUUUAGACUAAAAAGGGCCAAAAAUCUUGCACCAUCAGCUUGUUUGCAGCAAUACUCUCCACCUCCUCCCCUGCCUGACAACCAGUUGCUUUGUUUCUCUCUAUAUUUAGCUCAUAGUGAACCUGUUGAGAUUUAGAAGGAAGUUGCUGUGUCUUCUUUUUAUCAAAAGGAAUGAACUUGCACCUGAUGAAGCAGUUUUCUGUUGGACACAAAUCUCUUGCCUUGGUGUCCAUGAGCUGCCACAUGUGAGGUUUAAUUCCAGUAGAAAUGUUUCUGUUGCAGUCACUGGAGGGUGCAUGAUGGUUUAAAGUGUCCAAAUUAAAUAAGAGCUAACUAACUAUUGAAAAUAGGCAUUAUUAAAAUACUUUAAAUUUAAAAAAAAAAAAUUAAAAAGCAAACCAAAAAACAAGGAGCAGCUGCAGGUAGACAGGGAAGACCUCCCCGAGGAGAUGGAGAACCUGUGGGACAUCAAGAUCCUGUGGCUGUUGGGACAGCUCAACAAGGGAAAGAAAAAAGGUGGAUGAGGCAGAAAGGGCAGACUCAAAGUAACAGAGCACUGUAGGAGCUAUUCAAACUCUUUAAAAAUUAUCAAGUGGGAACAUGAAAACAGAAUAUUGAUGCUAAUGAAGAAGCAGCAGAGCUUCCUUUGCCUCCUGCAGUAAAUAAAAAAGCAAAACUUGACAGCUGGUGUUUUCCUUCAGUACCUUUCAGUACUUGAAAAGGCCUGUAAGAACAAAGGGGGUGAACUUUUAGGAGGGCUUGUUGCCACAGGAUAUGGGGUGAUGGUUUUAAACUGAGGGAGCUCGGUUCAAAUUGGAUUUAAGAAGUUUUUUACAAUUUGUGUGAUGGAACACUGGCACAGGUUGCCUAGAGAAGCUGUGGCUGCCCCAUCCCUGAAAACAUCCGAGGUGUCAGAUUGGAUGGGGCUUGGAGCAACCUGGUCUAGAGGUCCCAGUCACAGCAGGGGGUUUGUCUGGAUGAGCUUUAAAAGAUCCCUUCCAACCCAGACUGCUCUGUUAUUCUGUGACUGCUAAUUCAAAAAACUAACAUAUGAGGCGAAAAAGCAUGUUCCUGUAUAUUUUUAGGGGUGGCUGUUCUUCUCCAGGACCGUGCUGUGAGCAGGUGGCAGUGCCUGUGACAGCUGCCCCCUGAAAUCAAACUGUGCUUUUAUCCAAACCUUGGAAUCCCUUACUUGGGGUGAAACAGAUGCAGCUUCCAGUGGAUCCACUGGUUCAGACAGCACUGACCCAAGGGGUUUGUGAGCAAUAUGUGGCCCUUCUGUACAGCACAGCUGCCCUGAGAGAUUCCUGGUUGCCUGGAGGGGUGCCUGGCUCCCAGGAACAGCAGCAGGCAGGUGUAGAGGUCAUUUUGCUGUAGCACUGCAGCUGCUCUGCUCUUACUCAGCUCUUACCUACCUCCCCAUUCCCUGGCCAGGGUCUCUCUCCCUCCACUGCCUGGAUGGAAUUAGCCAUGUUGAGGAUGCUGUGGCUGCGUGGAGCACAGACCAGCUCUGGAUGUGAGGGUGGGGGUGGGAUGGUGACAAAAACCUGUAGAAACAAAGGACUGGGUAGGAGGUGGGUGGGUGUCAGGUGAGCUGUGAUCAGCUCACGCCUUUCAGGGACAUGAGACGUGAGCUUGGGUAUCCUGAACUUUUUGUGUUGGACUUGAACUCACUGAGAGCAAGUAUGUGCCUUUUUCUGACCAGGAACAGAGCUGGAAAAACUAGUAUUUGCAUUGGUAGGAUGGUUAGUAUUUUUCUUGAACUGUUUUUAAAGCUCAAAAUCCUUGGUCAGAGUUGGUUUUGUGUUGAAUUACUUAAUCAAAGCGAGCCCUGAAUUAUUUGUGAAUUAGAAAUACCCAGAGAGGAGAAGCUUUUAAAAUAAGUAUUUUCUGGAGAGUAAUGUCAUCAAAUAAACCUACUACCUGGUAGACUUGCAAUUUUUUUAAAAUAAAAUUUAACCUUGCUAUGUUUAUCUAAUGAGAAUCAUUAAUUCUGCCUUUAUUUGAAUGUUGCCUGUCCAGUGAUGUCCUCACUCUUUACUGUGCUCCUGCAGCUUUCCAUACACUCCAUUGCCUCUCCCCUCUCCACCCUUUGGAGGUUGCAGGGACAUGGGGAAUGUUGCCCAGUGAAUGUUGGGGAGCAGUGCAAAGCUCUGGCUCAGUAGAGACAUGGAGGUGAGGAUUAAAUGUCACAGAUAAGUUCAAAAAGCAGUUGGCCAGCAGCAGGGGUGGCGAUGUCUGGGGACAGAAUCGUGUGGUCACUUGGGUGUGGGAAGAGGAACAAUCCCCUGGCACCAAUCCUCUGGCACCAGGGCCCCACUGCAGACACUGCACUGUGCAGAAGUAAGCAUGUGUGUGCUUAGAUGCCAGUUUGGGCUUUAAGCUGCUAAAAAAAGUGGAUUUUCAGACCAAAAUGGAAGAGCUUUUCCACCAGGUUCUUUUUGAAGCUGUUUUGAGACAUUGGCAAGUUGUCCAGCCAGGAGCUUUGGAACCAUCUGGCUCUGAAGCAGGUUCCCUUUCUGACCUGGGGGAAAUGAUUCUGCCUCAUUUUUCAUCUAGAAAAUGCUUGUGAUGAUCACAUCGCCUUACGAGAGUGAGUUACUGGGUGACCUGAGGGUGACCCAUGUCGUGACAGUGGUGACCUUGUGAUACAAACCCGUGCACUUCUUGCACAUUUACAUCUUCCAGUGGAUCCAGUUGUUUGGAGCCCAUCCCUGCUGGGAGCUGGAGCUCUUCCCUCCCAUCCCAUUGCAGCUCUGCCCAAGGCUGAAGCCCCUUGGGGUCAGCCCUGUGUUUGCCAUCUUGCUUUCUUUAAACCAACCCAUUUGUUGUAAAACAAAUGCUCAGAGGGCAAGUUUAUUUAAAUGAAAGGGGUUUUUUUCAUUGCUGAGAAUUACACAGGUCUUUCAAACGCAUUUGGCAGUUGGAAAAUUAAUGCUAUAACACUAUCUAGCAACACAAAAAUAUGGCUGUAUGUUGAUUUUAGGGCCAUGCUUGCCCAUAAAUCAUAGAUUCACAACCCAUUUCAGUACAGGUGUGCAAAAGUUAGCUUUUAAAAUAGUUACUAAUAAACUUUCAUUUUGCUUACACUUGCAAAUCUCUUAACUAUCUUCAAAACCAGUUUCUUUGAUAGAAAAUAUGUGUCUUGGUAGGUAGUGUCCUCUCAGAUGUAAUAGCAAAGUGAUGCCCACUGGAGCAAUGCUGAAUUUAAAGAACUUUUGGAAGUUUUGGAACCUGCUGGUGUGCCAGCAAAGUGAAAACUUGAGUAUUGCUCCUGAAGCAGUGAGGAUAAUUGAACACCAACAAAACUUGGUGAGAGGAAGAAUGCCAGAGAUGGAGUUUGGCUUCUGGCAGCUUUGCAGUGCAGAAUGGCUUUCUCUGGGUACUCGCUUUUGUGCAUCACUUCUUUCCUGUGGCUGUAGUGUUUGCUUUCUUUAAACUUGAUUUCUGUUUUUUCAGUGAAAUCUUCUCAUUUUUGCAGUUUUCAGUGUUGAAUCUCUCCUUGAGACAACUACAUGUUGUUUUCCUGUAGAAAAACCUGCUUCUAGCUCAUUGUGUUUGGUGUCUGUUUGCAGGCAGGUGUGAAAAGUGAGCUGCAGCACAGCAGUGGGGCGGGCAGAGCGAGUUUUGGGUCAGAAAUGUUGGUUUUACAGGCACUGGUGUACAGAUCAGCGUUCCAGGGGAGCAGUGACACUUUGGGCUCACAGGGUACAGACCCUCCUUCCUGUUCUUGUCUCUUGCCUUGGUAUAAGCAGUUCAGCUCCCCAGGUAGCCUCAUGGUGGAUAAACGGUGCUUGGUGGGGACAAAGUGGGCUGUUCACCUGGCUGGAGGUGUGUGAUCAUGGACAAGGACAUUCUGUCAGCAGGUGUUACUUCAGAGCUUUCACAGUAAUUGGUAGCAUUUGAUUACGAGCUAACAUUAAAGGAUUUUGGGAAGAAGGUGGCUCAGGUGGCGUUGUGUGUGCUCACUGGCCAGUGAGCUGUGUUAGUUUUGGAGACUGCUGGAAGCAAUGUCACACAUAGAAAUCUUGCGUAUUUAAUACCACGGGUUUAUAUUGUUCAAAAAAAAGACAAAGUCAUGCUGUUUGGGAUUCCUUUUCUGAAUAAAAUUCUAAUAAACCAGUCUGGUGGAUUGAUCCUGUCCCAUGUGUCUGCUCUUUCUCAUAUGCUGGUAACUGCUCCCCUGUUUUGGUGUCCCAUUGCUUCGGCAGGAGUGUGAAUGUGUUCCCACCGUCAAGGUCCUGGGGGCUUUUGAAGCAAAAGGGAAAUGUUUCAAGAGCAAAGUAGAGCUGUGACUUGAGACGUUGCACAAAUAGAUUGUAGAUGGAUGGCAAACAAACUGGUAAAAGCCUUUAUUUUUACUUAACCAUCUUGACCAUGUGUGCCUCUUUGUACCGUGGGCUGCAGCCGUGCGGGGUGGGAGGGAGUGUGUCGGUGUUUGAGAUGUACUUGCUAAGCAGAAGCCGUGUCCUCUGCCCCUUCUCCCUUUCUGGACAAAUUGUUCUUGCCAAAAUUUUCUACCUGUUGCAAGAGUUGCUUUCCUUCCAGCACAGUAAAAUGUCGACUUCUUUCACUGUUCCUUCCCUCUCGUAGGCAUCUGUAACCUCUGUACGACUGUGUAUAGGACACAGCAGUCAUCGAUCUCUGCUGGCUAUAGAUACCAUCAACUUGAGUGUAUUGUAAACGAACUGUAUUCAUUUGAAAAAUAAAUUUUUUUUGAAAUGCA